GAUUUCGCUGAUUCAACGCUCGGCGUCGCGCGCGCGGGGCCUGUACCAAGUAAAGACGAGUCGGUAAAACUGCUAUACGCGCGAAAUAGCGUGUCUGUUCCCGGAGCGUCGUUGUCGUUUAGCGGGCUCGAACGCGAGAAAGAGAGAAAGAAAGAAAGAAAGAAAUUUACGUUGUUACAUAUAUAGGUAUAGUUGCGACAGUUGCGAGUCGUUGGUGUAUUGUCGGCGGCGAACCGAAUCCCGUGAGGCAUAAAGCGCGAGUGGCGGGCAGCUGCACACUACAACAAAGUCUUUCCUACCAUCAGUUCGCCAGAUACACACGUAUCGUAUAUAGGAGCGACUCGCUGGUCUCCGACUCUGCGUGUGAUAUUACGACCGUAAGCGGCUCGACACUGUAACAUAUAUUUUAGAAUAAAUCGAAGGAUUCUAACGAGUUAAGAAUGUCGGCCAAGAGGAAAGGAGCCAACCCCAAGAGCAAGAAGAGCAAAGCUCGCAAGGUCGAGUACGACGAGUCGGACAUCUCGAGCGAGCACGAGUCCGAUGUCGAGGACGAGCGUCAAAAGAAUCACGACGGUGCCCACGCUGACGGGGAUGGCGCCGCCGCCUUGGAGGACAUCACCGAUUACUCCAGCAUACCGGAAUUGCCAGCCCCCGAGGGUGGAUGGGGAAAGGCAGGUACUCUACUUAUGUGUGGCCUUACCAAUUGGGAAUCAUCAGGUCGCAAAUCAAUGCCUAAAGGAGCAAAGAUGAUUGGCAGAAACUUAUGGACUCCUCAUACUUUUAAAAAUUUGAAUGGAGCUAGAGUUAGGCUGGUUGCCUCAGGACCAUCAUCUGCCCACAAUGUCAUAGUUACAGAAGAUAAUAGAUGCUUGGUAUUUGGAAGAAAUGAAAAAGGUCAAUUAGGUGUUGGAGAUGAUAAACGAAGAGACGAUCCUACAGAAGUUGAAGCAUUGAAAGGACAUACUGUAAUCGGAGCUGCUUGUGGUCGUCAUCACACACUGUUUUUAACAAGUCGUGGUAUUGUCUUUGCAGCAGGAGACAAUAAACUUGGACAGUGUGGAGUUGGAUCAAAUGAAGAGAAAAUUCUCACAGCAACCAAAAUUAAGUAUACUGGUCCUCCUAUUGUAAAAGUAGGCUGUGGAGCUGAAUUUUCUGUAAUCCUUGAUGUUAAAGGGGGCUUACAUUCAUUUGGUUGCCCUGAAUAUGGCCAACUUGGCCACAAUACUGAUGGCAAAUAUUUCAUCACUAGUACAAAAUUGGGUUUUCAUUUUGAAAAAGCUCCCAAACGGAUUGUUAUCUAUGUUGAAAGAACUAAAGAUGGUCAUGUAACUCCACUUGAUGGUGUAGAGAUUUCUGACUUUAGCUGUGGUUUUAAUCAUACUGUAGCUGUUGACAGCAAAAAUCGAGCUUUCUCUUGGGGUUUCGGAGGUUUUGGUCGUCUAGGGCAUAAUGAACAACGUGACGAACUUGUGCCACGACUUAUAAAAUUCCUAGAACCUCCAAAUCGUGGCGUUAAAGCCGCUUUUUGUGGUAGUUCAUUCAGCUUGGUUAUUAAUGUUCAUGGAAGUAUGUUACUGUUUGGACAAGCAAAACGUACGGGUGAGGCUAAUAUGUACCCAAAACCAGUUCAAGACCUUUCAGGCUGGGACAUCAGAUGUGUUGCUUGUUCCCAAACUAGUAUUUUAGUAGCUGCUGAUGAAUCUGUAAUUGCUUGGGGUGGCAGUCCUACAUAUGGAGAAUUAGGUUUUGGUGAGAUGAGAAAAUCAUCUACAACUCCAAUGGAAAUAAAAGCUUUGGAAGGAUUAUACAUAACAUCUCUUACUUGUGGUAUUUCUCAUAGUCUUUUUAUUUGUAGAGAUGAAUCAGAUGAAGAAAAAGCUAAAAUUGCAAAGCUUCAAGAAUAUUCAGUAUAAAGUAAUUAAAAGAUUUACUCUCUCAAAAUAUAAAUUAUUCUUUAAGUUAUUAUUUUUAAGAGUUAUAGAAGUGGUUUUUUUAUAAUGUUUCAUACUUUUAAUUUGAUUAAAAGUUUAAUUUUCAAAGUUACUCUUAAACAAAUUUGUGGGGUGCUGUUAAAUUUUGAAUCUAAAUAAGAUGAAUUUUAUUUUGUCAAUGCCCUAAACUUAUUUUUUACUAUUCUGUGUACUUCCAUUUUUUAAUGCAUAGAAUACCAUAUACAACGUUUUUGUCUGUUAUUAAUAGUUCCAAAAAAAUUGCAAAGCCUAUAUUUUGAUACAAUGAUUCUUGAUAAAUAUUUUCAAUGUAUAUGUGUAUGUAAUGGUUGUUUUAGUCAAAUGUGCUGGUAAACUUGAAAAAAUUUAUAAAUGUUUUGUGAUAAAUCUUAAAUUUUCCAAAAUCUAAUUUUUGACGUACACAUUUUAAAAUUCACCAAAACAUUAAAACAUUAAAAUUCGUUGUAUUGUUUCAAAAAUGAACUCAUAGUCUAAUUUGUAAUGAUUUGUAAUGAUGUAUGAUCAAACUACAUCAUUUUUUAUUUCUAAUCGACAAAAUAUUAAGAAUUAAUUUAACACUAUAUAUCUGUUGCUUAUUAAAAUAUUAUAGAACUUUUGAAUCCCAUAACUUCUGAGUAAAAGAAUUCUGGAAAAAGAUCUAAAAUUAUACAGAGCUUCUAAUACUACAGAUUCUACGUUUAUCUGAUGAAUGCAGUAUUUUUAAUAUUAAUAUAAUUAUCUUUAAUUUUUUAUUUGCUUCAUUAAUGAGAAAAUGUAUACUGGAACCAGUCUCAGAUUGACGUCUUCUAAGUUAUUUGUCUAUACUUGUGAUUAAAAAUAAGUUAGUAACAACCGAAACAAGCGUAUAAGCGUUCUGACAUGUGAUAUCCUAAAUUAAACGAUUGUCACAGCUCAUACUAAAUGCAGUUCUAUAGCAUUUGAAAUAUUUUUGGUGAUAAAAAAUGUAUGGUUUGAUACUAAUAAAAGAAUUUCUACAACUUUUAA